AUGCACCUGAGAGUAGCUUUGUUACAGAAGGACUGGCAGACCAACCCCAAAGAUAGCAGCUGUUCAUGGAUCCUCGAAAAGGCUAUUUCAGGUGAGGUGUCUCAGGUCCUUCGCAUUCUACGUAGCCUCUCCGGUACGCAUGUCUGUGGACACGCGUCACGAUGGUCCACCGUGGGAAGACGGGGCCACCUGACUGUAUGGGAGUUCAUGAAACGAACCAAGAUGACCGGUCGUGUGCUCAACCUGAUUCGCAGUGUUGUUCACCUCAUGGAAACCACAAAAACCCUGGAAUAUCUCCACUGGCUACUUGAACAGUUGAGCUCUUUUGAUCUCGGCAGCGCCGGGUGCGAUCGGGUGCUUAUGCAAAUGCGUCACUGCUCUCUCUGUGCCGGCUACCCACUUGUCCACCCCUGUCCCUCCUUCUGUGAGGUCUCCCUGGCUCGUUGUCUUCGUCCAAUCAACAAGCUCCAGUCCUCCUGGACUAGUCUCAUUAACACCCUUCACGAUCAGCUUCAGGCUUGGUCGAAUCCCACCAACCCCAUGAUCCGCAACAUCGAGCUCUACGCUCCCCAAGCCAUUCUCGAAUUUCAUCGGGUCAUAAUGAAGGCUGUCCUUGAUGCGGCACCUCAAGAGUGCAGAAAUGACGUAUCAAGUGGUAGUGCAAAGAGGGAUGGAUGGUUGGAUUUGGCCGUCACCGUUGAAAGAAAGCGGUCCACAACCCCAGUCUCCACGCAGACCCAGUUUAUGCGCAUCUCGCACAAGCUUCAAAGUCUCAAGCGACUGUGGAUCAGUGCACCAUCAAAAAUAUGCCGAGAAUCACCCCACCUCUCCUCCUCCUCUUCCUCCUCGUCGAUUGCCUCAUCCCACGUCUGUUGGAAUGGGACGGCCAUUGGUCCCUAUGUGGACGGCACCUACUUUGAUUGGAGCUCCGAUAAUGUGAAUAACGAGGCGUCCAUGCAGUGGCCGUCGCAAUGGCCACGAAGUAGCGAGGAGUUGUCCCUCAAUCGGAUGUCCACUCGCAAUGAACAGGUGGCUGAUGCUGUUUCAGAGGCCUCCAAAUCCCUCAUGAUUUUCAACUGCCGUCUGAAACAGGCAUUUCCUGCAACCGACUGGGAAAGGAAAAACGGCACUAGUGAGCCAUGA